UGUGUGUGUGUGUGUGUGUGUGUGUUUCGUGUGAGAACGAGAGGCGAGCGCUCGAGCGGUCUCCCCGCGCGUCCGUGUAUGCGAGCGCGACCGCGUGCGGGCGGUUCCCACACGACGUCGUGUCCGUGCAACAAGUGUCAGGAGAGACGGUUGCGGCGGCGGUGGCGUCUCGCUGGAAACGCUCGACGGUUUUCGAGUUCGGCGGUGCGCUGUGCAUGGUGUUGUCCGACCAGUGCGCGCGACGGACCGGCCGACGGGCUAGGAGUACCACGACGACGACGACGACGAAGGAUACCAUCGCCGCACGCAUCACCACGACGUGCUGAAAGAACCGUCACCGGCGAGGGCGCGGGAUGGGCUGCGCCGUGAGCAGCACCGGCGAGAAGGAGGCCGCUGAGCGGUCCAAGAAGAUCGACAAGGAUCUCCGGGCUGAUGGCGAACGCGCCGCCAGCGAGGUCAAGCUACUGCUGCUCGGUGCUGGGGAGUCCGGCAAGUCCACGAUAGUGAAACAAAUGAAAAUCAUCCACGAGACCGGGUACAGUAAGGAAGAAUGCGAGCAAUACAAACCUGUGGUGUACAGCAACACGAUACAGAGCCUAAUGGCGAUAAUCAGAGCCAUGGGGGAGCUUAGAAUCGACUUCGCCGAUCCCAAUAAAGCGGACAUGGCGCGGCAAUUUUUCACCCUAGCCUCGGCGGCGGCGGAGGAGGGCCAACUGACCGGAGAACUGGUGCUGUUAAUGAAGCGGUUAUGGCAGGACGCGGGAGUGCAGCUCUGUUUCACACGUAGCAGGGAAUACCAUAUCAACGAUUCGGCAGCGUACUAUUUGAACGCACUUGACCGCAUAGCGCAACACAAUUACAUCCCGACGCAGCAGGAUGUUCUGCGAACGCGCGUCAAAACGACCGGUAUUGUGGAGACACACUUCUCCUUCAAGGGCCUGCACUUCAAAAUGUUCGACGUCGGCGGCCAGCGAUCUGAGAGAAAGAAGUGGAUACACUGCUUCGAAGGUGUCACCGCUAUCAUCUUCUGCGUCGCUCUGAGCGGCUACGAUCUAGUAUUGGCGGAGGACGAGGAAAUGAAUCGUAUGGUAGAGUCGAUGAAGCUGUUCGACUCGAUCUGCAACAGCAAGUGGUUCGUCGAAACGUCGAUCAUACUGUUCCUGAACAAGAAGGACUUGUUCGAGGAGAAGAUCACCAGGAGCCCGCUCACCAUUUGCUUUCCGGAGUACAAGGGCGCCAACACGUACGAGGAGUGCGCCUCUUAUAUCCAGAUGAAGUUCGAGAAUCUGAACAAGCGGAAGGACCAGAAGCAGAUUUAUACGCACUUCACCUGCGCCACCGACACGUCCAACAUACAGUUCGUGUUCGACGCCGUGACCGACGUGAUAAUCAAGAACAACUUGAGUAAUUGCGGAUUACUAAGUUAAACAUUCCAAUACUCAGCCGGCGAACAAAACUGCCGAGAGGUGGGGCCAGAGAGGAGGAGAAAAAGUAAUGUAUUUCGCGAACGCCGAUAACGUAGGUCGCGGAUUUUCGCGAAAUAAAGUAAAAACAAACAAGAGACUGAUCGGAAGUUUCAGAAAAUCGUGCCCGUGUUCCGUAUAGCACGAGUAUGCGUCAAUUAUGCGAGGAUUUUACUCAAACACUCAAAAUAAGCUCUUGGAAUAUUUUACUAUCACAGUGUUGCGUAACUUUUCACUCGAUUCUAUUCGACUUUUGAUUUUAUUAUCUCAUUUCGUACAUUUGACGUAAAUACAUAAUACAUUGGACGUUCAGUACGAAUAAUGUUAUUAUUUAACUCACAGAGAUUUCACAUUGGAUAAUUGAAAAACCUUGAAAUAAACAAAACAUUCUAGAAUCUCGGCAGUUGGACACAGGGACGCACUAUUUCCCGUUAUCGCUAGAUACAAUUUUUUUACGCACUGUCCAAAACGUUAAGCAAUCAUUUCUGGAAAAUUGUACGAUCGUACUUUACGAGUUCAAUGAAAUGUCAUCGCGUGACGUAGUAGUCACAUUUAUUUCUCAAAACGAAGUACUAUUUUCCUAGAAAAAAAUAUCGAAAAAUUCGUUCCGGAUAUUGCGCUGUGAAAAAGAAAAAAGUAGUAGCGAUAACGAAAAACGAAGCACAUAUCGGGCACUCACUCCAAUUGAGAUGAAAUUCGCGCAAGUGAAAAGUUACUUCAUUUUUGCUAAAUGUAUUUAAUUCUACUAACCAGGAGCUAGAUAGCUAUUAAUUUUAGUGUAAUAUCUCUUUGUAUAUAAUUUAUUCACUAAAGGCGACUCUAUGUGCUGAGAGUGGAAACAACUUCCACUCCUCUUGCUCAUGAUUCAUUCGCGUUGCAAGAAAAAAAAAGAAAUUCGUAUCUCUCUAUCUGUCUUUUUCAACGACGGACACAGCUCUCUGUGCAUUUCUACUAUGACAGUAUGUAUUUAUAUGGAUUCACAGUUGGAAAAACCGACUUUUGUACAAGCUUGAGUUUUUUUUUAAUAUAGAUAUACACGUAUUAUUAGGAGAUAUAAACGAGAUUCUCUGUUCUCAUUUUUCACGAUUUGCCAAACAGAUGAAAUGACGAGGUUAGCAUUAGUACAAGACGUCGAGAAAUCAAACACUUUAUACAGCUUAGAUCAAUAAACGAAAUUUUCUUUUUUAA